UGUGUAUAUCUAUUUGACCCAGGCCCCAAUGUAGUAAACUGUUUUCUUUCGUCGCGCAACACCCCCAACCUUCUCACGCCGUCCAACUCGUCUGUGUGCGAGCUCAUACGCUAACAUGUCUCGACCCGGGGCCUCGUUAGGUAGAAACCUGACUUUGACCGAGGAAUUAGAGAAGCUGGAGCAGUCCAUCACCCUCACCCUACAGGAAAUCGACCACAACUUUAGCAAGGCACACCGCAUCGUCACCACCAACAUCCUGCCCCUGGUCGAGCAGUAUGGAGAGCAGUCGAACGCCGUCUGGGAAGCGUCCAAGUUCUGGAAGCAGUUUUUCGAAGCGUCUGCCAACGUCUCGCUGUCGGGCUACGAGGAGCUAGCGGCGGAAGAAGACGAGACGACGGCAGCCGAAGAGACGACGCUCGACGAGACGACGACGACGGACUACCACGACACCAGCGGCGGCUCGGCAGCAGCGGACGCCACGGCCGCCUCGACGCCCGGGUACCGGCCGCGGGCGGGCCGCGGCGUCGGCGACGACGACUCUCUGCUCGACGGCGGCCGCGGCGAGGACGCGACCGAGCUGUCGGGCAGCACGCCGCGGCCGCCGGCCAGCCAGGCGCUGAGGCCGCAGUUCGCGGAGUUCGACUCGCCGUACGAGCGGCUGCGGCGCGAGCUGAAGGGCGAGCAGGCCGUCUUUAAGGACGACGCGGACCCGCUCGACGACGGCGACGCGACGGCGCCGCAGCUGCCGGCCCACCGGACGCGGCUCCCCGACAUGUCGAUGGCGCCGCGCUCGCCGUCGUCGUCGCUGCUGCUCGAGGAGCCCGCGGCCGCGUCCGCCGCCGGCCGCCCGCCCAACCGCGACCCGCUGCUGCACCGCCUGCUCGACCGCAACUACCGGCUGCAGGCGACGCCGCACAAGGGCGCGGGGGCGCUGCGGGGCCGCGCGGCCGCGUCUCCGGAGCGGCGGGGCAGCGGCAGCGGCGGCCGCGAGCCCGAGGACGACGCCGACCGCGAGCGCCGCGCGCUCUGGGCCGAGAGCCCCGCGAGCUCGCCCGAGAUGGCCGUGCCCAAGCUGCGCAGCGACUUGUACAUGUCGCCGGUGCGUCUGCGGCUCGGCCGCGCGGCGGCGGCGGCGGCGGCGGCGCCGAGGACGCCCGGCGUCAGCGUCCAGACGCCCGGCACGGCGCGCAAGACGCGCGACGUGUUCGCCGAGGCGAAGGGCAAGGGCCUGGACGCGGGCGCGGCGAGGGGCAAGGAGGGCGGCGCGCCGCGGUGGAGCAGCGACGAAGACGACGACGACGACGACGAGGGCUUCGCCGGCAUGAGCCCGCCCAAGACCAUCCAGUUCGCGCUGCCGCCGAGCAAGCUGAUGCAGACGCCGGCGCGCGAGGCGAGCCGGCGCAUCGUCGACGACAUCCUGAUCACGGCCGGCGCCGAGCCCGACUCGUCCGAGUACAGCCCCACGCUGGUCAAGAUGAACCAGGACAUCCUCGACGACACGUUUUAACAGGAGGAGGAAGGGGCAAUUUUGGCCAGAGCGUGUGGGAUAUACGCGCGUGCUUACUUCUUAGACGCGGACCUGCGGCCAGCCUAGCUAGGACGGGAUGAGUAGAAGAGAGGGAGGCGAAAAGGGGGCGACGGCAUUGCUUGCUACUGCCAAGGGAGGAUGCAUAAGGGGACGUAGAACCAGGUGGGCGGCGCACUCGCGAGCACGGGUAGGGAGGUGUUGCGAGGAUACGAGUACGGUGUCUAUACCUGUACUACAUAGACGAAAUACACUCGAGAUACCCCCCCCCCCUUAUCCCAUAUUCUCCUGCGCAUCCGUCCAUUCGGCCAUACAUUAUAAGCGUAUUCUACCUUUUCUCUCCCGAU